AUGGUCGGAAAACAAAUUAUCAAUAAUUGCCAAGAAAUUCUGUUCCCGAAAAUUCGCACUUGGUGGCACAACCGCACUAAAGGCCUUUCUUCGAAACCUCCUCCAAAGCCUGGGUCGAGUGACAUCGGUUGCUUGUUUAUGGAUGACUACAAACUCAUACCCUACGAAGGCCUCUUUGAUGAGUAUCUAGAGAUGGUCCUCCAAUUUGGGUUCAUCACCAUUUUUGUCGUGGCGUUUCCCCUGGCCCCGUUCUUCGCGCUCCUGAACAACUGGAUAGAAAUUCGAUUGGACGCCAACAAGCUAGUUCGAGAAACUCGACGUCCUCUGGCAGAACGCGCUCAAAACAUUGGCGUAUGGUUCCAAAUUUUGGGCUUCCUGGUUAAACUGGCCGUUAUAUCAAACGGGUUCAUAGUUGCGUUCACAUCAGAAUUCCUGCCAAAGCUGCUCUAUAAAUAUGAAAUGCGGGAAGAUCUUGUGGGGUUUACAAACUUCACACUUGCUUGGUCCCCGGUGAAUUCGACCAGCAUUCCAUGCCGAUAUACGGCUUUCCGUGAUAGAAAUGGAGAAUAUACCAUGUUUUUCUGGCGCCUCCUCGCACUCCGUUUGUUGUUCGUAAUCUUAUUUGAGCACGUUGCAUUCUGUCUAGCAGACCUCCUAGAUUUCUUUAUUCCGGACGUUCCAGUUAGUCUUGAAGAACAUAUCCAGCGAGAGCGCUUUCUGGCUAAACAGGCCCUCCUUGAUGUCAGUCUUGAGCAGCAUUUAAUAUCAAAUACAGACGGCAAACGAUCAAAAUGA